CCUGUAGUUUGGUACAUGCUGCCAAACUCCAGCCAAGAUGGGUACAGGCCAGGGGGCAUGGACACCACUAUGGAUACCAAUGCUAGUCAUCGCCCUCACACACCACCAAGUCCAUGCCCAAGUUGCAAGUCAGCAGUCCCAAUAUGGUCAACAGGUCCAGGACUAUGAGCAGCAAUCACAGUAUGAUCAACAGCAAUCAAAUUAUGAUGACUACCAAUCUGUCCAGCAGGGACAAGACGGUUUGUCCACACCACUUCCCAACAUCCCAGACGUGACCAUCAUCCCACCACUGAAGACAACACUAGAUGUCAAGGCUUUAAACCCUGCUCAUAAUGGGCAAGUGUGUAGCACUUGGGGCAACUUCCACUUCAAGACCUUUGAUGGGGACAUAUAUCAUUUCCCUGGAGUUUGCAACUAUGUCUUUGCUGCCCACUGCAAAUCUGCCUAUGAAGAUUUCAAUAUCCAAAUAAGACGCAGCGUGUUUCAGAACGCCACCAUUAUUAGCCAUGUUGUCUUAAAAAUUGAGGGUGCAGUGAUUGAACUGGCACCUAAUUCCAAUCUUGUAGAUGGAAAACAAAUUCAGCUUCCUUACAGCCACUCAGGAAUCCAGAUUGAAAGAAGUUCUAAUUAUCUGAAAAUCUUAGCCAAGUUAGGCAUUGUGCUAUUUUGGAACCUAGAGGACAGCCUCCUGCUAGAGCUUGAUAGGAAAUAUGCUAAUCAGACUUGUGGUCUUUGUGGAGACUUCAAUGGUAUCCCAAUAUACAAUGAAUUCAUUGCAAACAACAUCCAGCUGAAUCCUGUGCAAUUUGGAAACUUGCAAAAGAUGGAUGGACCCACAGAACAAUGCCAAGACCCUGCCCCUUCAACCCCACACAACUGCAGUCAACAGUUUAGUUCUAUCUGCCAGACUGUAUUGACUGGUGAAGCCUUCACAGGCUGCAAUGCACUGGUUGAUGUGCAAAGUUAUAUCGAUGCCUGUGUACAUGAUCUGUGCAGCUGCGAUUCAUCUAAGACUGACUUCUGCAUUUGUAACAACUUUGCUGAAUAUUCUCGGCAAUGUGCUCAUUCUGGUGGGCAGCCCCUUGAAUGGAGAAGUCAGGAUCUGUGUGCAAAGCCAUGCCCUUUCAAUAUGCAACACCAGGAAUGUGGAUCACCCUGCUCUGAUACUUGUACCAACCCAGAAAGGUCCCAGCUCUGUGAAGAACACUGUACAGAUGGAUGCUUCUGUCCCCCAGGCACUGUAUAUGAUGACAUUAACAACUCUGGCUGCAUCCCUAUUAAGGACUGUCACUGCACUUACAAUGGGGAUGCUUAUGCUCCGGGAGCUUCUUUUGCAUCUCAGUGUACUUCAUGUGCAUGUACUGGAGGUCAGUGGGACUGUGUCAGCGUUUCAUGCCCUGGAAUUUGCUCUGUUGAAGGAGGGUCCCACAUUUCAACAUUCGAUGAGAGACAAUAUUCCUUCUUUGGUGACUGUAGCUAUGUCAUUACUAAGCUGUGUGACAACAAUAAGUUCACUGUUCUCGGAGAAGUCCGAAAGUGUGGCCUCACAGACACAGAGACGUGCUUGAAAGGUGUAGCCAUCAGCAUGGAUGGAGGUCAGACAGUAAUUCUGAUCAAGCCUUCUGGGGUUGUUUAUGUGAAUAUGAUCCUCACCCAGCUGCCUGUCUCAGCAUCCAAUGUCACCAUCUUCAGGCCAUCACCAUUCUUCAUCAUUGUGCACACAAAGAUAGGCAUCCAGAUACAACUCCAGCUUGUACCUAUCAUGCAACUCUUCAUACGUUUAGACCCAAUUCACAAAGGACAGACAUGUGGUCUCUGUGGUAACUUCAACAAUAUCCAGACUGAUGACUUCAAAGCUGUCAGUGGGGUGGUAGAAGGAACCUCUGCUGCUUUUGCCAACACCUGGAAAACACAGGCUGAUUGCCCCAAUGUCAAAAACAUAUUCGAGAACCCAUGUACCCUCAGCAUAGAAAACGAAAAAUAUGCUCAGCACUGGUGUGGGCUGCUGACAGACAUCAAUGGACCUUUUGAAAAGUGCCAUUCCAUUGUGAAUCCAGCUGUUUACCACACGAACUGCAUGUUUGACACUUGUAACUGUGAGAGAAGUGAAGACUGCAUGUGUGCUGCCCUCUCCUCCUAUGUCAGAGCCUGUGCUGCCAAAGGAGUCCUUCUGAGUGGAUGGAGGACCAAUGUCUGCACCAAAUACCAAGUAUGUCCCAAAACCAUGGUUUACCGCUAUAACAUUGAUUCGUGUCAACCCACCUGCCGAUCUCUGAGUGAACCUGAUGUCACCUGUAAUAUUAAGUUUACCUCAGUGGAUGGAUGCACCUGUGGAGAAGGGACAUAUAUGGAUGAAAGUGGCAAAUGUGUACCUGCUACUAGCUGUCCUUGUUACUAUAAAGGAUCUCCCCUGCCAUCUGGAGAUGUGAUUCAUGAAAAUGGAGCCAUUUGCACUUGCACACAAGGAAAGCUUCAGUGCAUUGGAGUGGUGAAGCCACAACCAGUAUGUGAUGCUCCCAUGAUCUAUCUCGACUGCAACAAUGUCACGACAGGUGCCACUGGAGCUGAGUGUCAGAAGAGUUGUCAGACACUUGACAUGGCAUGCUACAGCACACAAUGCAUUUCUGGCUGCAUGUGCCCCAAUGAACUGGUCUCAGAUGGCAAAGGUGGAUGUGUAGCUGCUGAGGAGUGCCCCUGUAUUCACAAUGAAGCCACAUACAAACCAGGGGAUACCAUUAAAGUUAAAUGUAACACUUGUACAUGUAAGAACAGAAUGUGGGAAUGCACCAAUGAACCUUGUCUGGCAACAUGCUCAGUUUAUGGAGAUGGUCAUUACAUUUCCUUUGAUGGCAAACGCUACAGCUUCAGUGGAGAUUGUGAAUACACUUUGGUCCAGGAUCACUGUGGUAAAAACAGCACAAAGGCAGGAACCUUCAGAGUCAUCACUGAGAACAUCCCAUGUGGGACUACUGGGACUACCUGUUCAAAAGCCAUUAAAGUGUUUUUGGACAAUUAUGAGCUAAUACUCUCAGGUGGCAAAUUUGAAGUGAUACAAAGAGCCCCGGGUGGUGAAGUACCAUACAAAAUUCGAUACAUGGGCAUCUACAUGGUGGUUGACACAACAGCUGGACUGGUCCUGAUGUGGGACAAAAAAACCAGCAUCUUCAUCAAGAUGAGUCCAGAAUUUAAGGGUCACGUAUGUGGACUUUGUGGAAACUAUGAUGGAAAUGACAUUAAUGAUUUCACCACCAGGAGCCAAUCUGUUGUAGGAGAUGUGCUUGAGUUUGGCAACAGCUGGAAGGCCUCUCCCACUUGCCCAGAUGCCAAAAAGAACAGGGAUCCUUGUACUGCAAACCCAUACAGGAAUUCUUGGGCCCAGAAACAGUGCAGCAUCAUUACCAGCCAAGUGUUUGCUUCUUGCCAUUCCCAGGUUGAACCAACAAAAUACUAUGACGCAUGUGUGUCUGAUGCCUGUGCUUGUGACACUGGGGGAGACUGUGAAUGUUUCUGUACAGCUGUAGCUGCCUAUGCUCAAGCAUGCAAUGAGGCUGGUGUUUGCAUUGCUUGGAGAACACCGUCCAUAUGCCCAAUGUUCUGUGAUUACUACAAUCCACAAGGGGAAUGUGAGUGGCACUAUAGACCUUGUGGUUCUCCUUGUAUGAAGACCUGCAGAAAUCCAACUGGAAAGUGCCUACAUGAGCUACAGGGCUUGGAAGGCUGCUAUCCACAGUGUCCAAACAAUAAGCUUUAUUUUGAUGAAGAUGACAUGGAGUGUGUUGAGCAUUGUGGCUGUUUUGAUGACAGAGGAAAAUAUUACAAACCAGGCACAAAAAUGCCUUCAGAACAGAACUGUCAAUCAUGUGAAUGCACAAUGACUGGUCAAACAAAGUGUGUCUACAGUGAAGAAGAAUGCCACUGCAUAUAUGAAGGGCAAAUAAGCAAACCUGGGCAAAUCAUCUACAAUACAACAGAUGGCAUUGGAGGGUGCAUCACUGCAGUCUGCAGUCACAAUGGAACAAUAGAGAGGAAAAUCUUCCCAUGUCCAGCUUCCACAACAGCUUCCACUACCUUUACAUUUACUACCACUUCACCAGCAACGACUACCCCAGUGCCUACAACUACUUCUAUUUGUGUUCAAGAAAUAUGCCAUUGGUCACAAUGGUAUGAUGUGACUAACCCAGAGUCUGGGAGUGGCGAUGGAGAUUUUGACACUUUUGAUAAUUUAAAAGCAGAAGGUUAUAAAGUCUGCAAAACUCCAAAGGCUGUUGAGUGCAGAGCAGAGAAAUUCCCCAAUACUCCAUUAAGUGAACUGGGCCAAAAAGUAGAAUGCAGUAAGACGGUGGGACUAAUCUGUUACAAUACAGACCAGCAUCCAAUGAGCUGCAACAAUUAUCAAAUCAGAAUCCUUUGUUGUAAUUUUGUACCAUGUGGUUCCACUACUGCAUCCACACCUGAAACUACUACAAGCACCAUAGCUCCUACAACAAUAAAAUCAACUACUACAUUAUCUACUACCCUUAUUUCCACAACAACAGCUCUGAAAACAACUAGCAUCUCUAUUACAACACCAGAAACUACUUCAACAUCCACUGGGACCACAAUUAGAUCUACCACAGAAAUUGUAUCUCCUACAACAGAAGUCACAACUUGUAAACCCACAUGCAGAUGGACGGAAUGGUUUGAUAUACAUUUCCCCAGUUUGGAAAGUAAAGGAGAUUUUGAAACGUAUGACCUAAUUAGGUCUGCAGGAAAAGAUAUCUGUAAAAACCCCGAACGCAUAACAUGCAGAGCAGAGAAGUUCCCAGAAAAAUCAAUAGAUGAAAUCGGUCAAAUUGUCCAGUGCAAUGUAUCACUAGGAUUUGUUUGCAGAAAUGAAGACCAGUUGGGAGAGAUGAAAUUAUGUCUGAACUAUCAAAUAAAGGUCUAUUGCUGUGAAAAUGUCUGUGUGACCACUACACCAGAAACAACUGCAGGAACAACUACUUCACCAACUUCCACACUCACUACACCUACUCCAGAAACAACAUCAGCAUCAACAACAGUGACAACUAUUCCAUCAACAACAAGUAUAGAAACUACAAGUCUUUUAACAACAGUUCCUUCAACAACUGAACACUGUAGUGAGGAAGUUUGUGAAUGGUCGCAGUGGUAUGAUAUCAGUUAUCCAGGAUCUGCACCUAAUGAUGGAGAUUUUGAUACAUUUAAAAAUAUAAGAGCUAAAGGAUAUAAAGUCUGUAAGGCACCAAAGGCUGUUGAAUGCAGAGCAGAAAGAUAUCCUAAUACACCCUUAAGUAAAUUAGAGCAAAAAGUUAUAUGCAGUAAAACAGAAGGACUCAUCUGUCAUAACAAGGAUCAGUUUCCAGCACCAAUUUGCUACAACUAUGAGAUAAGAAUUGAAUGCUGCAAAAAAGUUAUUAUACCAUGUCCAACAACCACACAACUUUCAACUACAACACCGGCCACAACAACACCAACAACAACAACAGUUCCAGAAACUACCACAACCACAACCACAACCACAACCACAACCACACCUACCACUACAGUUCCAGAAACUACCACAACAGCUCCAACAACUACUGUUCCAACAACAACAGUCACAACCACAACAACUCCUACCACUACAGCUCCAGAAACUACCACAACAGUUCCAACAACUACAGUUCCAGAAACUACCACAACAGUCACAACCACACCUACCACUACAGUUUCAACCACCACCACAACAGUCACAACCACCACAACACCUACCACUACAGUUCCAGAAACUACCACAACAGCUCCAACAACUACAGUUCCAGAAACUACCACAACAGUCACAACCACACCUACCACUACAGUUCCAGAAACUACCACAACAGUCACAACCACCACAACACCUACCACUACAGUUCCAGAAACUACCACAACAGCUCCAACAACUACAGCUCCAACCACCACCACAACAGUCACAACCACAACACCUACCACUACGGUUCCAGAAACUACCACAACAGCUCCAACAACUACAGCUCCAACCACCACAACAACAGUCACAACCACAACACCUACCACUACGGUUCCAGAAACUACCACAACAGCUCCAACAACUACUGUUCCAAAAACCACCACAACAGUCACAACCACAACAGCAUCAACUACUACAGUUCCAGAAACUACCACAACAGCUCCAACAACUACUUCACCAACUUCCACACUCACUACACCUACUCCAGAAACAACAUCAGCAUCAACAACAGUGACAACUAUUCCAUCAACAACAAGUAUAGAAACUACAAGUCUUUUAACAACAGUUCCUUCAACAACUGAACACUGUAGUGAGGAAGUUUGUGAAUGGUCGCAGUGGUAUGAUAUCAGUUAUCCAGGAUCUGCACCUAAUGAUGGAGAUUUUGAUACAUUUAAAAAUAUAAGAGCUAAAGGAUAUAAAGUCUGUAAGGCACCAAAGGCUGUUGAAUGCAGAGCAGAAAGAUAUCCUAAUACACCCUUAAGUAAAUUAGAGCAAAAAGUUAUAUGCAGUAAAACAGAAGGACUCAUCUGUCAUAACAAGGAUCAGUUUCCAGCACCAAUUUGCUACAACUAUGAGAUAAGAAUUGAAUGCUGCAAAAAAGUUAUUAUACCAUGUCCAACAACCACACAACUUUCAACUACAACACCUGCCACAACAACAACAACAGUUCCAGAAACUACCACAACCACAACCACACCUACCACUACAGUUACAGAAACUACCACAACAGCUCCAACAACUACUGUUCCAACAACAACCACAACAGUCACAACCACAACAACACCUACCACUGCAGCUCCAGAAACUACCACAACAGUUCCAACAACUACUGUUCCAACCACCACCACAACAGUCACAACCACCACAACACCUACCACUACAGUUCCAGAAACUACCACAACAGUGACAACCACAACACCUACUACGACUGUUCCAAAAACUACAACAACUACAACACCUAGCACAACAGUUCCAGAAACUACCACAACAAGCACAACCACACCACUGCCAUUAACAACCACUGGAUCAAAAACUAUUAUUACAGAAAUUAGAACUACAUCCACUCAGAAACCAUCUACACGACCACAAGUGCAACCAACAACAACACAGCAAACAACCACUUCGCCUGGAACAACUUGUGGACCUGUGAUAUGUGUGUGGUCGAAAUGGUUUGAUGUUGACUCCCCCACUAAAGGAAUGAAAGGAGGAGACAUAGAAACAUAUAAUAAUAUCCGGGCUGCUGGAGGCAAGAUCUGUUCACAGCCAGAAAAUAUUCAGUGUAGGGCUAAAAAUUACCCGGACUUAAGCAUUGACCAAGUUGGUCAGGUUGUACAAUGUGAUGUCAACACAGGACUCUUGUGCAAGAAUGAUCAACAAGUGGGGAAAGUCAAGCAGUGUUUAAAUUAUCAGGUACGGGUGUUGUGCUGUGAGGAAAACAUUAACUGCAGAACUACAACUGUUCAAACCACCACCACGACUGAACCAACCACCACCACGACUGAACCAACCACCACCACGACUCAACCAACCACCACCACGACUCAACCAACCACCACCACGACUCAACCAACCACCACCACAACUGAACCAACCACAACCACAACUGAACCUACUACAACAGUCACCACCACAACUACCACUGUACCAGUAACAACAACUACUGUACCACAAACUACUACAACAGAGACUACCACAACUACCACUACUCCUACAACCACAGAAACCACACCGGUCACAACAGUCCCCAGAGAAAUCACCACAACCUCACCCACAACCACCACAACAGUCACAACCACAACAACACCUACCACUACAGUUCCAGAAACUACCACAACAACCACAACAGAGCUAACAACUACCUCUCAUGGAACUACUUGUGGACCUGCUGUUUGUGUGUGGUCCAAAUGGUUUGAUGUCAACUUCCCCACUUCUGGCCUUAAGGGAGGAGACAUAGAAACAUACAAUAAUAUCAGGGCUGCUGGAGGCAAGAUCUGUGGAAAGCCAGCAAAUAUCCAGUGUAGGGCUGAAAAUCACCCAGACUUGAGCAUUGAGCAAGUUGGUCAGGUUGUACAGUGUGAUGUCAACAAAGGAUUAUUGUGCAAAAAUGACCAACAAGUGGGGAAAGUCAAGCAGUGUUUGAAUUAUCAGGUACGGGUGUUAUGCUGUGAGGAGAAUAUUAAUUGCAAGACUACAACUGUUCAAACCACCACCACGACUGAACCAACCACCACCACGACUGAACCAACCACCACCACUACUGAACCAACCACCACCACGACUCAACCAACCACCACCACGACUGAACCAACCACCACCACGACUCAACCAACCACCACCACGACUCAACCGACCACCACCACGACUCAACCAACCACCACCACGACUCAACCAACCACCACCACGACUCAACCAACCACCACCACAACUGAACCAACCACCACCACGACUGAACCAACCACAACCACAACUGAACCUACUACAACAGUCACCACCACAACUACCACUGUACCAGUAACAACAACUACUGUACCACAAACUACUACAACAGAGACUACCACAACUACCACUACUCCUACAACCACAGAAACCACACCGGUCACAACAGUCCCCAGAGAAAUCACCACAACCUCACCCACAACCACCACAACAGUCACAACCACAACAACACCUACCACUACAGUUCCAGAAACUACCACAACAACCACAACAGAGCUAACAACUACCUCUCAUGGAACUACUUGUGGACCCGCUGUUUGUGUGUGGUCCAAAUGGUUUGAUGUUGACUUCCCCACUUCUGGCCUUAAGGGAGGAGACAUAGAAACAUACAAUAAUAUCCGGGCUGCUGGAGGCAAGAUCUGUGGAAAGCCAGCAAAUAUCCAGUGUAGGGCUGAAAAUCACCCAGACUUGAGCAUUGAGCAAGUUGGUCAGGUUGUACAGUGUGAUGUCAACAAAGGAUUAUUGUGCAAAAAUGACCAACAAGUGGGGAAAGUCAAGCAGUGUUUGAAUUAUCAGGUACGGGUGUUAUGCUGUGAGGAGAAUAUUAAUUGCAAGACUACAACUGUUCAAACCACCACCACGACUGAACCAACCACCACCACGACUGAACCAACCACCACCACGACUGAACCAACCACCACCACGACUCAACCAACCACCACCACGACUCAACCAACCACCACCACGACUCAACCAACCACCACCACGACUGAACCUACUACAACAGUCACCACCACAACUACCACUGUACCAGUAACAACAACUACUGUACCACAAACUACUACAACAGAGACUACCACAACUACCACUAGUCCUACAACCACAGAAACCACACCAGUCACAACUACCAAAGCAAUAACCACAGCCUCACCCACUACUACUCCCUUGCCUUCAACAACUACCACAACAGAGCUAACAACUACCUCUCAUGGAACUACUUGUGGACCCGCUGUUUGUGUGUGGUCCAAAUGGUUUGAUGUUGACUUCCCCACUUCUGGCCUUAAGGGAGGAGACAUAGAAACAUACAAUAAUAUCCGGGCUGCUGGAGGCAAGAUCUGUGGAAAGCCAGCAAAUAUCCAGUGUAGGGCUGAAAAUCACCCAGACUUGAGCAUUGAGCAAGUUGGUCAGGUUGUACAGUGUGAUGUCAACAAAGGAUUAUUGUGCAAAAAUGACCAACAAGUGGGGAAAGUCAAGCAGUGUUUGAAUUAUCAGGUACGGGUGUUAUGCUGUGAGGAGAAUAUUAAUUGCAAGACUACAACUGUUCAAACCACCACCACGACUGAACCAACCACCACCACGACUGAACCAACCACAACCACGACUGAACAAGCUACUACAACUUCAGAACCCACCACAAAAAUUAGUACCUCAUGUUUCUGCAAAAUCGGAGAGAGUGUUUAUCGAUCUGGUGAAAUGAUUUAUAAUAAAACAGACCACGAUGGAUGCCUUUUCUAUGCCAUGUGCAGUGAAAUAUGUUCUGUUGAAAGAUACAAAGGGCCAUGCAAAUCAACACCAACACCAACCACAACAGCUGAAACCACACCCACCACCACCAGCACAACACCUGCCACCACCACCACCAGCGCAGCACCCACCACCACCAGCACAGCACCCACCACCACCAGCACAACACGUGCCAUCACCACUACACCAGCUCCUCGUAUACCCGGUUGUCCUGAUUCUGUACCACCCAGGAAGGAGGGCGAGACAUGGAUAACAAAUUGUACCAGGUCAACUUGUGAAGGAAAUAACAAAAUUGUUAUAAGUCAAGUGAAGUGUCCUCCAGUACAGAAAAUUGUCUGUGAAAAUGGGUACCCACCAGUGAAAGUAUUCAGCGAGGAUGGCUGCUGUUACCACUAUGAAUGUGAAUGUGUUUGCAGUGGCUGGGGUGACCCUCACUAUAUCACAUUUGAUGGAACGUAUUACACCUUCCUGGACAACUGCACUUAUGUGUUGGUACAACAGAUUACACCGAAAUAUGACAAUUUCAGGGUUCUCAUUGAUAAUUACUUCUGUGAUGCAGAAGAUGGACUUUCCUGCCCUCAGUCUAUUAUUAUUUACUACAAAACUUCAAAAAUAGUGCUAACCCGUGACCACUCUAAAGGAGAAUUGGCCAACAAGAUCUACUUCAACAACCAACUUGUGAAUCCAGGUUUCCAGAAAGAUGGCAUUUUUGUGUCCAUGCUGGGUGUCAAUAUGAUGGUUACAAUACCAGAACUUAAGUGUGAAGUUACUUUUAGCGGUUUAAUCUUCUCAAUAAAACUUCCGUAUGACAAAUUUGGCAACAAUACUGAAGGACAGUGUGGUACAUGCACAAAUGACAGAACAGAUGAAUGCCGCUUACCCAAUGGUCAGAUCACUGAUUGUCCUCAUAUGGCUCCUCAUUGGAAUGUUCCUGACGACAAGAAAAAGUAUUGCUUCGGACCACCACCAACAGCUGCAACCACACCAACUCCACCACCAACCUGUACUCCUAGCCCUCUUUGCCAGAUGAUUUUGAGCAAUGUCUUCUCUAAGUGCCACAAUGUGAUACCUCCUAAACCCUUCUACCAAGGCUGUAACUUCGAUGCUUGCUAUAUCGGCAAUACCUCUAUGCAGUGUUCUGGGCUGGAGAUAUAUGCUUCUCUUUGUGCCUCUAAAGGGAUCUGUAUUGACUGGAGAGCAAAGACCAACGGUGCCUGUCCAUUCCCCUGUCCUAAAGAAAAAGUGUAUGAUCCAUGUGGCCCUCUCAACCCUGCAACAUGUGAGAUAAAUGCCAUUCAGCAUACUGGCCCAGGUGUAACUGAAGGUUGCUACUGCCCUACAGGAACCAAGCUCUUCAAUACCUACAGCAAUGUUUGUGUGCGGGAAUGCUCUUGUGUGGGACCAGAUGGGAUGCCCAGAGCACCUGGAUCAGUUUGGAUUGGCAACUGCCAGGAGUGUACUUGUGAGAAAUAUUCUUUGACGGUACAGUGUAAGCCAAAAACCUGUGUAACACCAGCCCCAGAGCCCUGCGUUGACGAAGGAUAUGUGCCUGUCACAGUAACAACACCAGAAGAUCCAUGCUGCCCUCAUAAACAAUGCAUAUGCAACACUACUUACUGCCCCAAAUCCAUUGACGAAUGUCCACUAGGAUAUGAAUUAAAACAAGAAAAACUGCCAGGAGACUGCUGCACUAAUGCCACUUGUGUGUUAUUGCCAGGAUGCGUUGUCAGUAAUGUAUUCUAUCAACCUGGAGCAGUUGUCCCAAGGGGUCCCUGUGAAUUAUGCAAAUGUACUCUUGAACAAGAUAUGCUUGGCCAAUUAUACACAGUGGAAUGUGUAUCACGAUCAUGCAACACAAACUGUCCAGAAGGCUAUGCUUACAAGGAAAAAGCUGGACAAUGCUGUGGUGAAUGCACCCCAACAGCUUGUAUUCUGAAAGAAGAAUCCACCAAUGUCAUUGUCCAGCCUGGGAAGAGCUGGUACCGUCCUGGAAACAACUGUACCUCCUAUGAAUGUGAGGUCAUUGAUGGCAAGUUUGUUCUUGUCACUGUCAAGAGAACCUGUCCUGCGUUACGUCCUGGCUGCCUACCUGAGAAUGUGAAAUUGUCUGACGAUGGCUGUUGCCACGAAUGUGUUCCCAAGGAACAACGAAGCUGCAUGCCCCACACUGCUCCAAAAGUAAUUAGGCACAAUGGCUGUGAAGCUUCUUCACCUAUUCAGUUAACAUACUGUGAAGGCAACUGUGGUACUUCUUCAAAAUAUUCCCCAGAGACAAAUGUCAUGGAACAUACAUGCAAAUGCUGUCAAGAAGUUAAGACCAGCAAGCAGCACGUAGCCCUGAAAUGCCCUGAUGGCUCCAUUGUGGAUUAUUCUUACAUCCAAGUGGAGGAGUGCGAUUGUCUGAGCAGCCAAUGUGCUCCCCAGCCUAUCCCCACAGAAUCACAGCAGCAACAACAGGAAGAGCAGCAGCAGCAGCAGCAACAACAGGAAGAACAGCAGCAGCAACAAGGACAGAUCCAGAAAUAAAUGAAACUGACCAAGAAAAAGAAUUAACAGAAGAUCCAUGUUCAUUUUCCUUGUGGCUUUAAACAGAAAAGAAUCCAAAGAAGCAUCUUGAACAUACUGAUUUCCCGCCCCCCCUAAUUAUUACAAAUCUGUUUCAGCAGGCAGCAUGUGUGUAAAAUGUCUUUUCUUUUGUGGCAAACAACAUUAAGAAAUUCUUGGGCUACCAGCUUUCAGUGAGACUGACCUAUAUAUUUAUAGAUAACUUUGAGCGAAAUUAGGGUGGUGGAUGGGGAGAUAGGAUGCGGGCUUCAUUUUUCUCUGGAAUAAACAUGAGCACAAGAGUUUUUGAUUGCUAAUUGAUAUGAGUCCACUCAUUAUUUAGGAGCAGAAGAUCUUGUAGUACAGUAUCAAUUCUACUCCAAAUUCAUUUGGCAACGAUGUCUAUUCCAGUCCAACACCAUUACAAAAUGUAAUCCUCACUUUUCCUAAUUUGUUCUCCCUAUCCUUUAUUUUCUUUUUAAGUCCCUUCCACGGGCUUCAGUCUUUCAAAACUCGGGGGGGGGGGGGGCUAUAAUGCUAGGAGAUUCUGUCUACAUUUUUCUUUUGCAAUGUGCUGCUGCUGAAGAAGGAUCUGUUUACAUGUCAUCAUCAGUGUAAUUAUUAAGAUUUGGACUUCUGGGGGGGAGGUUGAAUUGUUUACAAAAUUAAUAUAGAUAUAUACAUUUGCCAAAGGGUCAAACAUUUGUAAACCAAAGUAAUAAGUAACACUAAUAUAAUUCUUUUCUAGAAAGAUGAAUUAUUUUUGAAAGUUGUACCAUUACUAUUUAUUUGUUCUGGAAAAAUAGUUUUCUUGGGUUAUUUUCUUUUGAAUUAAUGACUGUAUUUGUAGCAUUAGCUGAUGACUGAUUGAGGGUUAUCUUUAUCUUUCUGUUUUUAUUUGAUUCUUCAGAAGAAAAGUUACAAUAAUUAAUAAAAGUUUAGCAUUUUGCAAUA